AUCUCAUUCAGCUUCCGUCAGUCGAAGGAGACCGUUGCGCUGUUGGUUGCUUAGAUUGCGAGGAAAGGCAUCGCCUGCUGUGCAACCCGCUUGUGAGGAAGCAAAUUGUUCGAAUUGAAGUGUAACUAAAUUCCCGUGUUCCGCGCCCGAGUGGUCGUCACUAAAUUUAGGUUAAACGGUAAAGAAUAGCUGAGGGCCCUUUCGGCCGGGAACGUGUCACGUGUGGUGAAGAAUUGGUGCUGAUGUGUCGGUUUCGGUGAACGAAGCACCAUUCAAAGCUGUGGCCUACCUCAAGCCGGUUGUUGUGGUGUUUACAGAGGUGGGAGGGUACUUUAUCACGUGCGGGUGGGAUUUUGCGAUCAUCCCCCAUUCGAUUACAAUUCCUCGAAGGGUAAAUGGUACAUUGACAGUGUGGUUUUAGUGAUGGGUGAAACAACGAUGGUGAUUAAGAAGGAGCAGCUCACACUUCAGCUGGAUCCUGUGCUGACACAGGUGCCAGAAGGAUGUGGCCGACGGAUGUGGCUGUUUAUGGGAGUCUAUUGGAAGACGCUCCUAGUCCUGCUCGUGCCGUGUCUAGCUGCCACCGUGUUUCUGGUCGACACUUCACCUCCAUUCCGGUGCAUGUACAUCGUGAUGGUGAUGGGUGUGUUUUGGAUCACGGAGGCCCUUCCACUACCGAUCACCUCCAUGCUCCCGAUCGUGCUGUUCCCUAUGAUGGGCAUCCUGGAUACGAACAGGACGUGCAUGAUGUACAUGAAGGACACGAUGCUGAUGUUUAUCGGAGGCAUUGUGAUGGCACUGGCCGUGGAGUACUGCAACCUUCAUAAGCGCGUUGCCCUAAAGGUGAUCUCGGUGAUCGGUUGUAGCCAGCGGAAGCUUACGUUCGGACUUACCGUCGUGACAAUGUUCGUUUCGAUGUGGAUCUCCAACACGGCCACCGUAGCGAUGAUGUGUCCGAUCGUACAGGCCGUGCUGGAGGAGUUGGAAGCGCAAGGACUCUGCCAGAUCAACGAAAAGUCCAAGUCGGUUGAAGGUCCUUCGAGCGAGGAAGAAGAAGCACCGCGACCCACGAAGGUAACGAUGUGUUACUACAUCGGGACGGCAUAUGCAGCGACGUGUGGUGGUGUUGGUACGAUCGUCGGUUCCGGUGUGAAUCUCACCCUGAAGGGCAUCUACGAGAGUCGCUUCCCCGACGCACCUACCAUUGACUUUCCAUCGUUUAUGUUCUACAACGUCCCGGGGAUGCUGAUUUUCACCUUCCUGACCUGGGUUUGGCUCCAGUGGCUUUUCAUGGGAAUGUUUAGUCCCAACAGUGAGGAUGCUCGUGCCGCUAAUAUUGGCCCCGAAGGAGAGGCCGUCGCGAAGCGAGUGAUCGAGAAUCGCUACCGUGAGCUCGGUCCGAUGAGCUCGCACGAGCUUUCGGUGGCCUUUUUCUUCGUCCUUUCGGUCGUACUUUACUUCACCCGCGAACCCGGCUUCAUGAUGGGAUGGGCCGAACUUGUACCGGAUGUUAAAAUCAAAGACGCAACUCCCGCCAUUUUCGUCGUGAUCAUGAUGUUCAUAGUGCCGGCCGACUGGAACUGUUUGUCAUUCUUCCGUAAAGGGGGCGGUCGACUACCAAAACGAGCCACACCGGGUCUUAUUACCUGGCGGUUUAUCAAUCAGAAGACACCCUGGAGCUUACUGUUCCUGCUCGGUGGUGGGUUUGCCCUGGCUGAAGGUGGCCGCACUUCCGGCAUGUCGGCCUUGCUCGGACAAUCGCUGGCUGGGCUGAAGGUCUUGCCGCCGCUGUUGCUGCUGUUCGUGCUGUGCGUCGUUGGUGAAUUUCUUACCGAGUUUACCUCGAACGUGGCCAUCUGCAAUGUGUUGCUGCCGGUGCUGGCGGAAGUGGCAAUCGCAAUUGAAAUUCAUCCCCUGUAUCUCAUGUUUCCGGUGGCGAUGGUAUGCAGCUUUUCGUUCCACCUUCCAGUCGGAACGCCACCGAACGCGAUCGUGGCCGGGGUGGGCAACAUCCGCAUCAAGGAUAUGGCCGUCGCCGGUAUUGGACCGUCCAUCUUUUCGCUGCUCGUCAGCUGGGCCAGCUUUCCGACGUGGGGCAGCAUUAUCUAUCCGGAGCUAGCAUCCUUCCCGGCCUGGGCAAGGCCCUUGAACGAGACGAUGUUGUAAAGGGCUCGCAGCAGUGGGAGAACAACCGUACUCGGUAUUGUAAGAUUGUAUUGUUUAUGUCCGUUACGUGCCAUUCCACUUUUUAAGCGCCUAGAGUGUAGUAAAUAUAUUUUUAAAAUCAUGACCUUAAGCUUAAAGA